AUGAAGGAUCAACUUGCAAUGUGGAAGCAGGCGCCGGGGUUGGUGGUUGAUUUGAGGCAGAUGGCGUUGCUGCCUGUUGUUGAGCAUGAUGAUGAGCAGCAGCAGCCUGUUGAUGAGCGUGUUGCUGCGCGUACCACUGUCUCUGAUGUUCAUCCAUUUCUUGCAUAUGCUGUGGCAUCGGUGCUCUCAUCGCUUGUGCUCCCGGUGGUGGAGCUCCCGGUGCUCCUGGAGGCCUCUGAUGACCUGGGUACUGUCCUGGAGAGAAUGCAUUCAUAUGUUGAUAGCCAGGGUGGCCAGGGUGUGGAGGAGGCAUCAUUCCAUGUUGUUGAUAGUAAUGAUAGUUGGGAUCCAUACCCGGAUGACCAGGGAAUUGGGGUGGUGCUCCUGGUGGUCCUCCUGGUGCUCCGUUACCUGCAAAAAAGCGAAUCAUUUAUAGAAAAUAGAUUGGGUGGUACCCUGGAGGAAAAAAACCACGACUGCGAUAAAACUGUUCACUACGAGAAAUGUGUCCUUGCGACGGCUGUGGUGGAUAAGCGCCUGGAUAUCCUUGCAUGGGAUAACUACUUGCAGGAGAUCUUUGCGAUGAUGACCCGGGUGAUGGUUGUCCUGAUGAGCUAUUCGGAACUUGUAGAUAACCAUUUUGUAGUGAUGGAUUAUAUGAUUGAGACUGUUGUGCAGGCAUUGGAUACCACGUCGCCGAUGCAUUCGCCAUUCUCACUAAAUCUGGGUGCUGGCUGA